AUUUCGCGCAGUAUCCAAAUCAUUUCAUUUGACGACAUGUUUUGACAAGGAAGAAAUAUAAUCGUACUAGAGCGGAACUAUGCACCGGAAGAAUCCUCCGAGACAGGCCAGAAAUAGACGAGCGAGAGGAAAACGGAAUAUAAAUCUGUCGUACAUUAUCUCAAGGAAGGCAGAAGCUAUUCUCUCGUCGGUCUUGGCAGACAUACUCGAGGAGUCUUUCGAGGAUGCGAGGAAUCUAGCGGAGAACGCUGGUAACAGCAGCGUGACCCGCGAGGAUAUGGAAAGAUCAUUGAGGAACCUCUGCCUACGUUUGAGCACGGUGCCCGCACACAACGCUCCAAUCGAUACUCACGCGGACGAUAAUAAUAAGGAUUUCGCUGCCUCGUCGAAGGUUGGUCGUACGAGGAAACACAGAUAG